UUUUAUAUGGAUAAAGCGUCUGGUAAUCGUGAUGAACGAAAACAACUUUCAUUUAAUCUGGGAUAAUUUAGUUAAUUUUUUAUCGUAAAUUUCAUAAAAAUGAGAUAAUUUCAUAAUAAUUCACAUAAAGUUCUAAACCAUUUAUUCUCAAACACUAAUUUUUACUCAUUUGUAAAGUCACUUACAGCAGGAGGAUGGAGGAUUACAAAUAUUUGUUUAAGAUAGUGCUGGUUGGUGAGGCAGGUGUUGGUAAAACAUGUCUUGUGAGACGCUUCACUCAGGGAUUAUUUCCCCCUGGCCAAGCAGCAACGAUAGGUGUAGAUUUCAUGAUUAAAACUGUCGAGAUUGAAGGUGAUAAAGUAAAGCUACAGAUAUGGGAUACUGCGGGCCAGGAAAAGUUUCGCUCAAUUACUCAAAGUUAUUACAGAGCUGCUCAUGGCCUCAUUCUGGUGUAUGAUGUCUGCUCACAGAACACUUUUGAUGCUCUUCCACAGUGGAUCACUGAUAUUGAAUCAUUCGCUAAUGAGAAAGUUCUUUCCUAUCUAGUUGGUAACAAGAUAGAUCGUGGAGAUGCUAGGGAGAUUCCCACUCAUAUAGGUCAGGAGUUUUCUGAUAGAUAUGAAAUGAAAUUCAUAGAAACCUCGGCUAAAGAGGCAGACAAUGUUGAUAAAUUGUUUCUUGACAUUGCCAUGAAAUUAACAGCAGAGGCUAGGGAGAAGGGACGACUGGCCCCUGAUGACUCACCCAUGAAUAUUUCCAGUAACACAAAGACGAUCAGUUCAUGUUCACAGUGUUUCAAGUUCUGAUAACAACAUUUUUGUGAUACUUAAGUUUUACAAAUGCUUCUUGUCAAUUAUGUGAGGUUUAUUUUCAAGGCUAUUUUUAUUUUGACUUGAAUUUUCACCAGAUUGUUGGAAUGAGAACCCUUAUAGAUAGGUUGACUUGAUGAGUAGCUUUUUUUUUAGCUGCUAAAACUGUAAUGUACACAGUUGUGUAUUGGCAAUGAACAUUUUUAUAUGUUUAUGCCAUAUAAAAAAAAAUAAUUUAACUUAAUUUUUGCUACAGUAUUGAAAUUUCUUGUUAUGAAUGUUAUAACAAACCCUGGGCAAUCAUCAUGGUUGUAAAUAAUAUACUUGUUGAUAGCAAAAGUUUUAAGAUUUUUUAACUUAAGUCACAUGUUGCUGAUUUUUGUAAAAUUUUUAAAAAUGGAAGAAAAUUUUGUAAUUGAGAUCCAUUCCAUAUAAGGAUUGGGAUGCAAGAUUUAAAUGUAGCUAUAUGCAAUGUAGAUAUAGUACAUUUUUGUGUCGCCUCUACGGAGUAGUGGCGACAUAUAAGGAUCACUUCUCCGUCGUCCGUCUGUCCGUCUGUCCGUCACAAAACUUGUCCGGACUACUCCUAAUAAACUACUGGUGCAAUUUCAUCCAAACUUUACAGGAAUGAUCAGUACCAAGUCUAGUUGUGCAUAUUGUCAGCAUUUUCCGGUUCAAUGAUUUUUGUCAGAGUUAUGGCCCUUUAAUAAUUUUUAUUUUUAAAGUUUGUCCGGACUACUUCUCUUAUACCACUGAUGCAAUUUCAAUGAAACUUUACAGGAUUGAUCUGUAGCUCAAGUCCUUGCGCAUAUUGCACGGGUUUUCCGGUUGAAUGAUUUUUGGCCGAGUUAUGGCCCUUUGAUAAAAAGGUGUUUUUUUCUGUGUGUUGCCAGAUACACAAAAGCUUGUCCGGACUACUCCUCAUAAACUACUGGUGCAAUUUCAUCCAAACUUUACAGGAAUGAUCAGUACCAAGUCUAGUUGUGCACUGUCCAUCUGUCUGUC